AUGCCAUUUUGUGCACAUCUAUUUUCUGAACCACAAAUUGAGUUAUAUGCCAAUUAUUGUAAAAAAGAAAAAUAUUCAUAUGUUCAUAUCGAUGCUACGGGUGGUGUGUUAAAACGCAUUUCUGGACAAGGUCAAACAUUACUUUAUGCAAUGGUUUUCAAAGAUGGAACUGAUUCUAUUAAUACUAUUCCACUUGCACACGCAUUUCUUUCGAAUCAUACGGUUCCUAGUAUUACUUAUUUCUUAGGAAAUUUAGCCCACGAAAUUACCGACUUAAAAAAAAAAUUAAUUCGUCCUUCUUUUUUUGUAAUUGAUUUUUCUGCUGCUCUUAUGAAUUCUAUUCUUCAAGCAUUCAAUCAAGAAAGUAUUAAUACUCAUUUAAAUCGAUGUUGGAAUGUUUUAAAUCGAAGUUAUAACACUGUACAACUGCGAGAAUUAUCAUUUAUACAUUUAUGUUGCGCUCAUGUAAUUAAAGCUAUAGCAAGAAGCUUAAAUGCUGCACGUAUAGAUAAAAAAAUUCGACGAGGUAUAUUACAUAUAUUUAUGCUUAUUUUAUGUGGCAAUAAUCUCAAUCAAUUAUAUGAUAUUCUUGGCUUAGUGAUUAAUAUAUUCGGUGACCCAGACGAACAGAACGCAAAAGAAAAAUUCGAAAAAUUGCUCUCUCUUGAAUUAGAUAUAGAUGAAGAAAGUGUUACUUUAUUAUCUGAUCACAAGAAAACAUUAAAAGAAGCGAAAAAGGAAAAUGAUAAAUUAAAAGUUGUAGAUGAAUAUUUUCGUUCAAGUACUGCUAUUAUCCAUCAAUCACCUUUUAAUAUAGAAGCUAUUCGACGUUAUCCUCAUCUUAAAACUCUUAUUAAUAACAAAUUCAAGUACGAUACAAAUGUUAAUCCAUUAUUUUCUCCACUUCUUAUACGCAUUUUCUAUCGAUGGUGGGCGUAUUUGCCAUUAUGGACAGGCGUACUAUGGAAUUUUGAAGAACGAUAUUCAAAUAAUCUGGAAAUUAAUGCAUCUGUUAUAUAUAAUCCAAUUCGUUAUUCAAAUGCGGUUAUUGAGAGUUAUUUUCGUACAUUUAAAAGUAGCAUUUUAAAACACAAAGUUGGUACUCAACCACAAAAAAUAAUCGAAGAACUACAUCGAAGCAUUCAAGUACAACUGAAAGCUCUUCAAUACAAAGUAACAUAA